UGUACACUACACGGGUCAGCCUGUACAGAAAUGGCAUGUGUUGGCACCGAAACAACAACAGCUGCCCCACAACCUGUACGCAAACGUGAGAUGAUGACCACGACUACCGUCCCUCAGACAGGCGGUUGCCAUUAUAACGGUAAGACGUACUGGGCGGGCGACAGCUUCCGGGCGACAGAUGGUUGUAACACGUGCUAUUGUUCGGCGCAUGGUGGCGCCCUGUGCACAGAAAUGUUCUGUGGUCCAAUGUUACUCUGCCAUUACAACGGAACUGAUCACAA